UGAAUAUACCUUCAUUCAGCAUCUCUCUCUUAUUUCUCUCCGCCGUCUCUCAUGGAAGAGCCACCACCUACCCCCGCCGUGGAUUUGCCCCCCGGCUACCGCUUCCACCCCACCGACCUGGAGCUCAUCGCUUUUUACCUGACAAAGAAGAUCAUCAACCCCGCCUUCUCCGCCGCCGCCAUCGCCGAAGCUGACUUCAACAAAUCCGAGCCUUGGGAACUGCCACAGAUGGCCAAGAUGGGGGAGAAAGAAUGGUACUUUUUCAAUCAAAGGGACCGGAAAUAUCCGACCGGAAUGCGAACCAACCGGGCCACUCAGACCGGUUACUGGAAAGCCACUGGAAAAGACCGAGAGAUUCUCAAUGGACGAACCGUUCUGGUCGGAAUGAAGAAAACCUUGGUUUUUUACAAAGGAAGAGCUCCCCAUGGUGAAAAAACCAAUUGGGUCAUGCAUGAGUUCCGUCUCGAACCCAGGCUCCCUGACCUUCCAAAAGAGGAUUGGGUUGUUUGUCGUGUUUUUCACAAGAACACUCCGGCACCGGCAAGAAUUCCGACAACAAUGUCUCAAAUCCCCAACUUUUUCCCUAUGAUGAAUCCAAUGCCUGCUGAUUUUCCGAUCACCGUUGGGUUCGACAUCGGUGAGCCGAAGUGGAAGCCGCCGGAACCAUCUGAAUAUUACAACCCCAUUGAUACAACUGAUCACCAGCUGCAGCUGCCUGUCGGGAAGCUUCCAUUUCCGACGCCGAGCAUCCCACCGAUGAUGAUUCCGCCAAUCAACACUUACCCGCUGCCGACUCUCGACACUGGAUUCUUCCCCUUCGAUCAGCUGGCGAUCAAUGAGCCGAUGGGAAUGCCGGUGGAAGCGCUGCCAGAGUGCAAAAUGGAGGAAGAAGGUUCAUGGUCGACAAUGCCAAACAUAUCGACAUCAUUCGAGGCGGCGAGCAUGGAGGAUCUGGAGUUCUGGGAGAACUGAAUAAUAAUAAAACCAGCUCACCAUAUGAUGAGAGCAAUGGUAUAGUUCAUGUAGCUGCUGUGGCUGCAUGAACACUUAAAAAACUAUGAGUUUAAGUUUAUUGCUUUUCGUUGCGUGUGUUAAUAUGUUAUGUUAUGUUAUCGUAUGCUAUGUGUGUGUAUAUAGCGUCUCUAUCUCGUCCACCGUCUAUAAAAUUCUCUAGUUUUCUGUUA